CAACUAAGACACACAGCACAAUCCGAUCCAAACCAAACUAAACCUCAUUCAUCCCUUGCAAUUCUUCAAACACCUUACCUGCAAAGACAAAAGCGCUUCAACUCAAGCAUGGCCAACGCAGCUGAAGUUUCAGCUUUGAAUCGCAUCAAGUUGCAUCUUUUAGGUGAACUCUCUCCACUCGCCACUCCCCAAAAUAAACAACCUUCUUCCCAAUUUAAUGAAACCAAUAACAGCCCUUCUCAAUCUUCUUCCUCUGAUUCUUGCCUCUCCUUCGAUCACUACCUCACUGAGCUCCUUGAACCUGAAAUUCAAUUACCCCUUUUCGAAUUCGACUCCAAACCCCAAAUAAUCGACCUCGACACCCCGAAACCCCUCACAUCGGUUCACAAGAAACCCCAAUCAAAUCGUAAACCUUCGCUGCAAAUCUCUCUCCCCAAGAAGACCGAGUGGAUCCAAUUUGGGAACCCGGAUCCCAACCCGGCUGUGGUCUUGCCGGAGAACCAGCCGGAGAAGAAGCACUACAGAGGAGUCCGGCAGCGGCCUUGGGGGAAGUUCGCCGCCGAGAUCCGCGACCCGAACAAGCGCGGGUCGAGAGUGUGGCUUGGAACCUUCGACACCGCCAUCGAGGCUGCCAAGGCCUACGACCGCGCUGCCUUCAGGCUCCGCGGCUCAAAGGCCAUCCUCAACUUCCCGCUCGAAGUAAGCGCGGUGGAGGAGACCACCGACGCCGAGGGCGAGAGGAAGCGGCGGCGCCAGGAGGAGGAGGAGGUAGAGGAAGUGAAGCCGGUGGUGAAGAAGGAGAAAACGACGGAACAGGAGGUGAACUGUUUUAGGGAGAUGCCGUUAACGCCGUCUAUGUGGACCGGGUUCUGGGAUAGUGAUGUGAAGGAGAUUUUCAACGUUCCGCCGUUGUCGCCGUUAUCUCCUCUUCCGGCUUUUGGAUUAUCACAACUCAUGGUUGUGUGAAAUUAGUGAUUUAGGAGUGCUUUUUGGUUCUUUUUGCAGCGUCCUGUUUGGGGAUGAGUACAGUGUACAUUUCACAAAUUUGUUAAUUCAACAAUCUUCAAUCGUUCUAAUCACU